UAUACACUACCAUCUUUCUUUCACCUCUCAUCAAAACCACCACCUGCAAAACCUCAUCUCCCACAGAGGCAAAGCUAAGCAAGGCCAAGUUCUUACCUCUUGCUAUACAUUUCCUCCCUUCUUUUUCUCACCUCGAUAAAUUAACAAAACAAAUGGCUGCAAGAGAACCCUUCAACGUGACAGAAAGAGCACCAAAACCUGGCGCAGUUACACCUCACUCACCAUGGCAUUCACCUGUACCGUAUUUGUUUGGUGGGUUAGCUGCCAUGCUUGGUUUGAUUGCUUUUGCCCUCUUAAUUCUUGCAUGUUCUUACUGGAAACUAUCUGGGUACCUGGAGAGUGGCAAUGAAGGAGGUGAAAGAGACCUUGAAGCUGGAGAAGGAGAGAAUAAGAGUGGUGAUGGUAGUGAGAAAAAGCCUAUUGCUUUUGAGGAGAAGAUUUUGGUUAUCAUGGCUGGUGAAGUCAAGCCAACUUUCUUGGCCACGCCAAUGUCUAGUAGGUCAACUUCAUUUGGUGAUACUAGUAGUGAGAAGAGUUGUUCUUGCAGUAGUGAAAAGAGUGAGAAAUUGGGGAAUGUUAAUGAUGUUGAGAUGGUGAAACAGGGGAAUACUGAUGAAGAUCACCAGGUUCAAAGUGGAGACAUGAACAGUCAUGAAUCUUCCAGUCAAAACCAUUGAUUCAGCCCCCCCAUCCCCCCCCCCCCUUUCUUCUUCUUUUUUGGGGUUUUUAGGUGUUGAAUUUUAGGAUUAUGAGGGAGAUCUGUUACAGGUUUUGAUUUAAGGUCUCUUUGGAGGAAUAGCGUCUGUAACAUGAGCUCCGAUGUUAGAUUGGUGUAUGACCCUCUUUAGCAGCUAUCUUUCUCCCUCUUGGUUUUGUGUUUUCAGUUCGGGAAAUGUAAAUGGAAGAAUAUAGCUGUUUUUUACCAUUAAUUAUAUAUACUUUCUUUCUUUUUUUCAAGAAAA